AUAGAAUUGAGGGAGAGAGAUGGUGGAAAGCCCGCUUCCACAGAUGGACCCUAUUCCAACGCUAACUCCAUUAGUGUUUUGCACUCAAGAGAGAGAAGUUUCGCAGGGAAGAUAGCUCUAACAGAAAUACAAACGAAGUGUUUCAUUUUCAACAUCCACCAACAACAAUUUUGGUGUCUUAAUCUUUCUUUUUCCUCUACGGUACGAUUCCGCAAAUGCCAUUUCUUUUUCGCUCACCAAAGAACAACAAAAAUCCAAUUUUCCCUGUCAAUUUUCCUCUCAUUUGUCUUUUCUGGGUUGUUUCCCAUUUUCUUACUUGGGGGUGUUUCCCUCUCGGUAGGUUGGAUUUGGUUAUGAGCUGGGUUUACUUGUGUUAUCAAUGGUGCUUUCACAUUGAGUUGAUUUUUGUCGUUAUAGGCAAUGUGGAGGGGGAAAAUGCGGUAGCAAAAUAGGAAAGAAUUUCUGGGCUUUGAUUUAUGGGUCAUAUCGUCAAGUUGAAUCUUUCUACAGAGAUAUUUCAUUUACUGGAGUGGAGUCUAUUUGAGGAAUUUUAGCCAAUGCAAGUAGCACUAAUGAUUACUAGCUUUACCCAUGUGUGAUUUUAUUCAUAUUUAUGUUUUUAUUUGUCUCUGGACUGGAGAUUGAUACUCAUAGUUUCUCCUGCUUGUUUUUCUCUUAGCUUCUUAGGAUAUGUUUUUUGGCAUUGCAUAUGGAUUUGAUUUUUGUUAGGAGACAUUGCUGAUUUAUUUUUUGAUUAGCAAUGGCUGAGAAGCAUGUCUCAUCCCUCGGGGUUGUUUCUAGGAAAUAUUUGCUUUGCUUAUUCUCAUUCAUUUUGGCCUUGUUCAUAUUAUCUUGGUUCUUUGUGCUGCGUUCUGCGGGCCGCCCUAACUUCGUUGAUCAUACUUUUUUAGCCAAUCCAUUUCAUUCUAUAAUCGAUGAUGGUAGUUUCCAGUCCUGGAAUCAAAAUGAUGUUGAAACCCCACUUGGAAAUAGAGAAGGCGGAGGAGAAGAAGAAGAAACACCCAAAGAGAAAGUUGCUGAGAAAGAUGUGAAAUGCAAUACUCAUAACGAGAAUAACAAAGAACCCCUUAAGGUUUUCAUGUAUGAUUUGCCAGCAGAGUUUCAUUUUGAGCUCUUAGACUGGACUCCACAAGGGGAUAGUGUUUGGCCUGAUCUUAGAACUAAAAUACCUACAUAUCCUGGUGGAUUGAACUUGCAGCAUAGUAUAGAAUAUUGGCUUACAUUGGAUCUUCUUGCUUCUGAAACUCCUGGUAUUCCUAGAGCUGGUAGUGCUGUAAGAGUCCGAAAUUCUAGUGAAGCUGAUGUCAUAUUUGUACCAUUCUUUUCUUCGCUGAGUUAUAACCGAUAUUCAAAGGUAAAUCCACAUCAAAAGAAGAGCAAGAACAAGUUGUUGCAAGAGAAGCUGGUAAAGUUUGUGACAUCACAAAGGGAAUGGAAGAGGUCAGGGGGGCGAGAUCAUGUCAUCUUGGCUCACCAUCCAAAUAGCAUGUUAGAUGCAAGGAUGAAGCUAUGGCCAGCAAUGUUCAUACUGGCAGACUUUGGGAGGUAUCCCCCCAAUAUAGCAAAUGUUGACAAAGAUGUAAUUGCACCUUACAAACAUGUAAUCAGAAGCUAUGUUGAUGACUUGUCUAACUUUGACAGCCGCCCAAUAUUACUGUACUUUCAAGGAGCCAUAUACAGGAAAGAUGGUGGCCUUGCUCGGCAAGAAUUGUUUUACCUUCUAAAAGAUGAAAAAGAUGUGCAUUUCCAAUUUGGAAGUGUUCAAAAGGAUGGAAUCAGCAAAGCUUCCCAGGGAAUGCACUCCUCGAAAUUUUGCCUCAAUAUUGCAGGUGACACUCCCUCAUCAAACCGUCUCUUUGAUGCCAUUGCAAGCCACUGUGUUCCAGUCAUCAUCAGCGAUGACAUUGAGCUCCCUUAUGAGGAAGUUCUUGACUACUCUCAGUUCUGCAUAUUUGUUCGUACGUCAGAUGCUGUCAAAGAAAAGUUCCUCAUAAAUUUGAUCAGGGGCAUUGGGAAGGAUGAAUGGACCCGAAUGUGGCAGAAAUUGAAAGAGGUGGAACAUUUCUUUGAGUUUCAAUACCCAUCAAAGGAAGGUGAUGCUGUUCAAAUGAUAUGGCAGGCCGUGGCCAGAAAGGUCCCGGCCAUGAGAAUGAAGAUACACAAGUCCAAGAGAUUCUUACAAUCUCGUAUGCUCAACCAUAGAGAGUUGAGAAAAAUACCAACACCCAGCAAUUUUUGGUGCUUCAUUCCUAAUAAUCUUGCAAAUUAUAAACCUCUCAAAAACCUCUGUCCAGCCUCCAUGGCCCUUUGUUCUUCUUUUCUCCUCCUUCCUCCUUUUCCCUCCAUUGUUUCCCCUCGGUCUAGUUUUGCACCUUUCAAAACUUUCACCUUUACUUCCGCUAAUGGGUCUUUUGCUACAAAAAGAGAAGCUUCAAUUUUAAUCUAUGCUAAGGCCAAGGCUCCUUCCCUUUUACGGACAACCACCGCAGAGGAGGAUGAGCAGCAGGAAGAAGAAGAAGAACUUGACGCCGUCAACAUAGCAGAGGACGUCACCCAGUUAAUUGGAAGAACACCAAUGAUAUAUCUCAACAAAGUUACAGAGGGCUGUGUGUCAAAUAUUGCUGCAAAACUUGAAUCCAUGGAACCUUGUCGGAGUGUCAAAGAUAGGAUUGGUUACAGUAUGAUAUCUGAAGCUGAAGAAAGUGGAGAGAUUUCUCUGGGGAAGAGCAUAUUAGUUGAACCAACAAGUGGAAAUACAGGACUUGGUAUUGCUUUUGUUGCGGCAGCUAAAGGAUACAAACUUAUUGUCACCAUGCCUGCAUCCAUAGGUCUUGAAAGAAGGGUCCUUUUACGUGCAUUUGGAGCAGACAUUGUUUUGACUGACCCAGAUAAAGGCCUAAAAGGCGCCGUUGAUAAGGCUGAAGAAAUUGUUCUCAGGACACCAAAUGCAUACUUGUUUCAACAGUUUGAGAAUGUUGCUAAUACAAAGGCCCACUUUGAAACUACAGGACCUGAAAUAUGGGAGGAUACUUUAGGAAAUGUUGACAUUCUUGUUGCUGGAAUGGGAACUGGUGGUACUAUAACAGGCACUGGACGUUUCUUGAAAAUGAUGAACAAAGAAAUUAAGGUGGUUGGUGUGGAGCCUGCUGAAAGGAGUGUUAUCUCAGGAGAAAACCCAGGUUAUAUACCCAGCAUCUUGGAUGUGAAAUUGCUUGAUGAGGUUAUCAAGGUCACAAAUGAUGAAGCCAUUGAAAUGGCUAGGAGACUAACCUUGGAGGAAGGUUUGCUGGUUGGUAUUUCAUCAGGAGCUGCUGCAGUUGCUGCAAUCAGUUUAGGAAAAAGGCUUGAGAACGCUGGAAAGCUCAUUACAGUUAUAUUUCCAAGCUUUGGUGAGAGGUAUAUACCUACUGUGCUUUUUCAAUCUAUAUAUGAAGAGGCUCAAAAUAUGCAACCAAGAUAGUCAAGAUAUCUCUGAAAUUGGAGCAUUUCUUGCAUUUUGAAGCACGGACCAUUGUAUUGUAUCAGUAGGUAUAGCUUUCCUCUCAAGACAGAUUCUUGGUUAUUGUAUGAGCAAUUCAGACAAGCAGAAUUUGAGUGUAAACUGUAAAAGCAAAAGUCCAAAAUAUAUUUUAUUUGCUUUCAUAUUUUGGUCUCUCUCAGUGUCCGUGCAUCGUCUGGGACAAGAGUUUGGGUACGCUGACCAAGAUGUAGGGGUGCUUAUCAUGCCAUUGAACAUGCUAUAAAAUAUCAUGUGCAGGUAGCUCUGGAUUAAACAGUCAAUGUCAGAAAUGAAGGUGUUGUAGCUUGUAAAGAUUUUGUGCUCUACUGUGUGGUGUUCAAUUCUUAAAAGAACUCACUACCUUUAAUGGCAAGAUCAUUCCUCUGGAAGAUGAAAAAGUUAUGUACCGUAUGAUAGUAUUGGUCUUAUCCACCAAUCCAUACCAAUGACUUUUAAGCAGUGGUGAUUGUGAUGGAUUGAUCAGCCUCCUCAGGGACAAGUGGCCACUCAUUAAUACUGAGAAAAUUAUUAGUGAAAGUGAAUCAUCGCUUGGUCAUUUUCUCUCUCAUACAUGUAUGGGUAGUUCUUUAGUCAUUAAGUUCUACGGCUCAUGUGAGAGAAAAAGGGAUUCUAGGAUGAUUUUAUCUACUAAUUUAACUGUUUGACAUUUUCUUCAUUCUUUAAGAUAAGUAAAAAUUAAAAAAAAAAGGAAAAUUUAUUAUUUA